UGAAAUUAUUUGCUUGCAUACACAAUGCAGCCACCGACAGCGCUGACCAAAGAUCCUAAAGCUAUAGGAUCUUUGGCGCUGACAAAGACUUGUAGGUGUGUCAUAGACCCCGCCACCAGCUUGGGGGCAUUUCCCGCGUCGUUGAACUACUCGUUCCUGGCACGUUGUCUACAGGGCUGUGUCAGUGUAGGAAGGUCCGCCGGGUUGUGAAGACACUGCGUGCAACACGCUCACUGAGUCCAGGAACGGCUGUGUGUGUGUGUGUGUGUGUUCCAUGGACGCUGUCAGGACGCUGUUCUUGCUGUGGCUGUGUGCGCUGGGGGUGGCGGCGAGCGUAAAUCCAUGCUGUUAUUGGCCCUGUGAGAAUAAAGGAGUGUGCGUUAAUGUUGGUCUUGAAGGUUACGAGUGUGACUGCUCCCACUCUGGUUAUUACGGAGAUAACUGCACUUUGCCUUAUCUGUGGACAAGUGUUUACACAUUCUUGAAGCCCAGCCCUCCUUUCUUGCAUCAUCUACUGACACAUUACAAAUGGCUGUGGGAUAUCAUAGAUAGCAUUACUUUCCUCAGCGACAACUUGAUGCGGAUGGUUUUAACAGCACGGUCGGAACUGAUCCCCAGCCCGCCGACCUACAACUCCGACUACAACUACCUCACUUGGGAGGGCUACACCAACCUCAGCUACUACACCCGCUUGCUCCCGUCCGUGCCCCUGGACUGCCCGACCGGCUCCGGAACUAAAGGGUAUAAGACAUGGCCGAAUGCCACGGAAUUGGCUGUGGAUUUCCUGCAGAGGAGGACGUUCAUUCCGGAUCCCCAGGGCUCCAACCUGAUGUUCGCAUUCUUCGCCCAACACUUCACCCAUCAGUUCUUCAGGACAAACUUUGACCGAGGUCCGGGGUUCACUAAAGCUCUGGGGCACGGGGUGGACCUCAGCCACAUUUACGGAGAGUCUCUGGAACGUCAGCACCAACUGCGGCUUUUCAAGGAGGGGAAGCUGAAGUUUCAGUUGGUGAAGGGAGAGAUGUACCCCCCGUCGGUGAAGGAAACAUCGGUCAAGAUGAAGUACCCGAGCUCGGUGCCGUGGGACAAGCAGCUGGCCUUUGGCCACGAGUUGUUCGGCCUGGUUCCUGGCCUGAUGAUGUACGGCACAAUCUGGCUCCGUGAACACAACCGGGUCUGCGACAUCCUGAAAGGGGAGCACCCGACCUGGAGCGACGAGCAGCUCUUCCAGACCACCAGGCUCAUCCUCAUGGGGGAAACCAUUAAGAUAGUGAUUGAGGAUUACGUGCAGCACCUGAGUGGCUACAACUUCGGCUUGAAGUUUAAGCCGGAACUAAUGUUCAAGGAGCCGUUCCAGUACAGCAACCGGAUCGCCCUGGAGUUCAACCAUCUUUACCACUGGCACCCGCUCUUGCCCGACACCUUCAUGGUCCAAGGCCACGAGUACAAAUACGAAGAGUUUCUUUUCAAACCAGAGAUCCUGCUGGACUUUGGAGUGGAUGCUCUGUUGGAAUCGUUCACAAAGCAGAGAGCUGGACAGAUCGGCGGGGGGAGAAACAUCAAUGUGAACGUGCUGCAUGUGGCGAUCUUGGCCAUCGAACACGCCAGGAACCUGAGAAUACAGCCCUACAACAUGUACCGCAAGUGGUUCGGUCUGAAGCCUUACAAAUCUUUCCAAGAACUCACAGGUGAAACAGAAAUGGCAGCCAAACUGGAGAAACUUUACGGGCACAUCGAUGCCAUGGAAUUUUAUCCUGGCUUGAUGCUGGAGAAACCGUAUGAGGGUGCUAUUUUCGGGGAAAGCAUCGUAGAAAUGGGAGCUCCCUUCUCCCUCAAGGGUCUCAUGGGAAACCCCAUCUGCUCUCCUUUUUACUGGAAGCCGAGUACUUUUGGGGGGCAAACUGGGUUUGAUAUCGUCAACACAGCCACGCUUCAGAAUCUGGUCUGCCUCAAUAGUAAGACAUGCCCAAAAGUGGCUUUCCACACCUCGGAUAGUGUGAGCAGCGAGUCCGAGGAAGAAAAACCCGAGCUGAAGACUGAGUUCUAACCACCGGGAAGAUCUUGGGACUGGUCGGGAGAUUUAUUGACAACUCUUAUAUAUUGGCUCCUUUAAUUCGACCUUUUAGGAGCAGAUUGCCCCAGUCAAAAAACGGAGAUGCUUUCCUUUGGAGAAACGAGGAACUGCAGAUGUUCGUUUAUAAAAAAAAGGACACAGUGCUGGAGUAACUCAGCGGGUUGGGCAGCAUCUCUGGAGAGCAAGGACAGGUGACAUUUCAGGUUGCGACCUUUCUUCAGAUGAAACGUCACCUAUCCAUCUGGUGGGAGAUGUUUCAGGGUCAGGACCCUUCUUUGACUGAUGAAGGUCCUGACCCAAAACGUCACCUAGUCACGUUCUCCAGAGCUGCUGCCUGACCCGCUGAGUGACUUCAGCACUUUGUGUACGUUUCUUUGGAUCUGGAUCGGGUAUCAACAAGGCAAGGCCACCUGAUGGUGAAUUACUGAAGCAUGAUUGGAAUUCACUGGCAGUGUUUCACACAGAUAAGAGCAAUUUGCCUCAAGCCUCUCGCAGGCUUCACCUGGUGAUGUAUGUGCCUUAUCUUUCCAUGCACUUACUGAUUUGGAAACUCAUGGGUGGAGAGUCAUGGCCCCUGUACCAUCCUCCUUCUAAAUUCAAGGGAUCUAUUCCUUUCAAGUGACCCAUAUAUUGGGCUCCCUGAACGUGCACCCACAUCAUCCCACGAACAAAGUGGACUCAAGAUCUUUAUGCCAACAAUGAAACUUUCGAAAUCCAAGGAAGAAUUUGGUCAUAUUGUGUUCAGAUCAUGAAAAAACAUGUUUCUCUGCUAAUCGAGGGACAAAAGCUCACUAUGCCCUAACAAUGCCCUUUUUGUAAGUGGUCAAUAAAUUGAUGAUGUUUGACU